AUGGCUUUUGGGUGGACCAUUAACGGUGACAAAUAUGAUUUUGUUUGGUUUUUGGGAGAUCAAUUACCAUCCUCAGUUGCAGAUAUUAUUGUUCAAAAUGAUUUAGAAGAUAACGAAAGUUCCCAAGAAGAUGAUAUGAAUGACACCGACAAAGACAGCGACGAUGAUGAUGAUGAUUAUGAAGAUGCCUCUUUUUUGUGA